AGACUUCAGCUCUGCAGUUACGUCACAGACUCCCCCCCCCCCUGCACCACCUGAACUUUGUCUUUAGGAACGUCCUGAGUGAGUCCAGCUACAGGAGAGAAGAGUCAAACUACAACCUGCCGAUGCUCCACACACUGACCCUUCACGUGGAGACUCAAUGGAGAGAGAUCAGAGCUCUUCACCUGCUCUCUGCAGUCUGCACUCAGAGAAACUCAGACUCUUCUGUCUGGACCAUCAGCAGCCAGUGUGUCUCGUCUGCAGAAAUUCAGAGAAACACACUGACCACAGAUUCAGACCCAUCAAUGAAGCUGCACAACAACACAAGAAGCAGCUUCAGGAAACUCUGGAGCCCUUGAAGAAGAAGUUACAGAGUUUUGAACGUGUUAAAGUCGAGUUUGAACAAACAGCAGAACACAUUAAGGUCCAGGCAGGACUCACAGAGACGCAGAUCAAGGAGCAGUUUAAAAAGCUUCAUCAGUUUCUGGAGGAGGAAGAGGAGGCCAGGAUGGCUGCACUGAGGGAGGAAGAGGAGCAGAAGAGUUGGGUGAUGAAGGAGAAGAUUGAGGAUCUGAGCAGAGACAUAACGUCUCUUUCAGACACAAUCAAAACCACAGAGGACGAGCUGAGAGCUGAAGACGUCUCGUUCCUGCUCAACUACAAGGCUGCAGUGGAACGAGUCCAGCAGCGCCCCCUGCUGGAUGAUCAACAGCUGGCCUCAGGAGCUCUGAUAGACAAGGCCAAACAUCGGGGCAACCUGAGCUUUAACAUCUGGAACAAGAUGAAGGACGUGGUCUCCUACAGUCCUGUGGUUCUGGACCCAAACUCUGCUCAUCCAGUACUCGUCCUGUCUGAAGAUCUGACCAGUUUGAGACGAGGAGAGAGACAGAAGCUUCCUGACAAUCCAGAGAGGUUUGAUUAUUACCCCUCAGUCCUGGGAUCUGAGGGUUUUAACUCAGGGACUCACAGCUGGGACGUCCUGGUUGGAGACAGUACUUACUGGUCAACAGGUGUAAAAGAAGAGUCUGACCAGAGGAAGGGAAGCAAAGAAUCUGGAUUAUGGGAAAUAUUGUUCCGUGAAGGUAAAUACUCAGCACUGUCACCAUCAGGAUCAUCUGAUCUUACUAUGCAGAAGAUCCAGAGGAUCAGAGUGAAACUGGACUGGAACAGAGUAGAACUGUCGUUCUCUGAUCCUGAUACUAACAAACACAUUCACACCUUCAUACACACUUUCACUCAGAAGAUGUUUCCCUACUUUUACAUUAAAGAUGAUGAUCACCCAUUGAAGCUGUUACCUGUGAAAGUCUCUGUGACUCUGGAUCAGAGCCGUUAGAGAUAAAGAUUUUAUUCAUCUUGUUUAUUUCUUCAAGAGAAAUCUGAUGAAUUUAAAAGUUAAACUCGUUAUUCUAAAGCUUUGUUUAUUUCUCCUUUUACUUUUAACUCAUUUUUAUUUCUCCUGUCGACUUUUCCACGUGUGUAAAAAGAUUUGAUUAUUUUCUGAUCUUUAUCUUUGUUUGUUUUUUACUUUCAUGGAAAAUGUUUUCUAUCAUUUAGAUUUUGUGUGGAUCCAUGAAGUCGAGCAAACUGAUGAAGAUCCACAUGAAAACACAUUUAUCAAUAACAGCUGAUCAUUGUUCACAUUCAACAAACUUUAUUAAAACUCACACAUGAGACAUGAUUCAUGUUUAAUCACAUAAAGUCUGUUCACAUAUGAAAUAAUCCAACAUAUAUGAACAUUUGUCUGUUUGAUGUGAUGAAGCCAAAAUGAUUCUGUCUGUAAAAGUGUUUAUUCAACAGCAGCCGAGUGAUGUGAUUUAAAUAUUGUGAUCAAAAUA